AUGACUAGCAGUGUUUCUACAAAUAGCUUUCAAAACAUUAAAGAAGUUAUCAAGGUUGUAAAUAAUCUUAGAGAUUUUGGAGUAGAAUCUGAUAAAAUUGAGCUUCCUAAAAUAGUAGUUAUUGGUGUUUAAUCUUCUGGUAAGUCUUCACUUCUAGAGUAAAUUGUCUAGAUAGACUUUUUACCUAGAGGUACUGGAGUAGUGACUCGUUGUCCUUUAGAAAUAAGACUCAUUGAAGUAACCAGCUAUGCUAAAGAUUUUAAGCCCUACGCUUACUUUUUUGAAGAAAGAAGCAAAACAUAUGAAAAUUUUGAAGAAGUAAAAAAAAGAAUUGAAACAAUUACAAAGGAGCAAGCUGGAGUAGGUAAAAAGAUUGUUGAUCAAGCAAUAACUUUGACUAUCUUCUAGACUAAAUGCCCUACUUUGACUUUAAUUGAUUUACCAGGUAUGACUUUGAAUUCUAUCGAAGACUAGGUCGAUGUAGAAAAAGUUACUCAAGACAUGACUUUAAAAUACAUCAAAGAAGAAACCACAAUUAUCCUUUGUGUUAUUCCUAUCAACUAGGAUUUAGAAAACUCUCUUGCUUUGAAGCUUGCUAGAAAUGUUGACAAAGAUGGUAAUCGUACUAUCGGAGUACUUACUAUGAUAGAUAUAAUGAAUCCAGGCACAAAUUGUGAGAAAGUGUUAAGAAAUUAGUAAAUUCCACUUAAGCAUAGAUAUUAUGGUAUGAAACCUCGUAAUUAAAAUGAUAUAAAUAACAAUAUCUCAGUUGAAUAAGCUAUACAAAAUGAAUAAGAAUAUUUUUCAAACCAUGAAGUUUACAAAGAGUUUGCUGAUUAUACUGGUACAGCUGCCCUAACUCAUAAACUUUCUACAUUUCUGGAUAGCCACAUUCGUCACUUUUUGCCAGAUAUUUUUAAAAAGAUCUAUUCUACUCUUCUUUAAAGAAUAGAGCAAAGAAAAAAAUUAGGCAAUCCUUUCCCUACUGAUAUCAACAAAUAGUAAAAAGAGCUGAGAGAUAUAAUUAACAAAUCUUUAAAUAUUUUCAAGCAAGCUAUAUAAGACUUUGAUUUAACUGAAGUUGAAAAUAUUGAAAAAAUCUAAGUUGGAGAAAGAAUGGGUAGAAAUUAUGUUGACUAUUUAAUGGAUCAUUAUUCAGAAUAAAAUAGAGAAUUAUUCAUUCAUUCUCUCAAAAAUGUUGAUAUGAAAAAAGUCUAGCACGAACUUUAGAAGUUUAGAAUUCCUGUUAACGGAUUUAUUCCUUUCUAGGCCAUCCAAUCUUAAAUAAGAUAGUAUGUAAGUAAUUAUGAGCACAAAGCCAAGGAGUUGCUUGAAAGUAUAAAGGAAUAUUUAAAGAAAGUACUAUAUUUCUGCAUUGAUUAGUAUCCUUAUCCUAACCACUUUAUCAAGAAAAUGAUUUAAGAUCUACUUUCAAAGUAUAUUACAAAAGAAUUUAAAUUAACUAAAGCUCAUAUCGAAACAACAUUCAAGUGCUAUAAAGAAUCCAUAUAUUCAAAAACUAUUGAUGUUCAUGGAUCUGAAACUAAGAUAAAAUAAUCUUUUGUUAUUAAUUAAUCAGACGCUAAUUAGAAAAAAUCUCUUUAUGAAUAUAUUACUAAAAACAAAAAUUUCAUGAAAUGGACUAUUUUUGAUGUAAUGCAUAAAUCAGAAUAGCUGUCUGAUAAAACCAUUCUAAACUCAGAAUAUAAUGAUGCUAUAUUGAAGACUGAUGAAAAAUACAAUACUGACGAAAUUAUGAGAUAUUCUAUCAUAUUUUUUUAAUAUAUGGAUAACUUUAGAAAAUAGAUCAGUGAUCAAAUUCCACAAUUCAUAUAGACUUUAUUUAUCAGCAGUCUAUGUAAUUCACUCUUCUUAAAUGUUGUAAACGAUAUUUUCAGCAACGAAUGCAAAGAAGCUAUGGAAAAAAAUCUUAAAGAAGAUGCUAGAUUGACUGAAGAAAGAAAGAUUGUAGCUUAAUCUCUCAAAAAACUUAAAAAAGCUUACAUAACACUUAAAUCCCUAUAAGAAAAAAGCUUUGAUUACUAUUCAUCAAGCUCUGUAACUUGUGAAAGUGAAGAUCUUGUUUUACAUUUUGAAUGUGAAGACACCUAUUAUGAUGAUGAAGAUGAUGAAGAUUCUAUCACAACUGUGUUUUGA